CCAUGCUUAUAUAGCCCACCGUGAAAGAGGAUCCUUGAAGCCUGGUCAAUCGAGUGAGAUAGCUCCGUGAGGCUUCACAUUCUGGAUCUGGGUAUAGUAGCCAAUCCUUGUCUCCUCGGCAAGGGAAUGUUUCAUGCUCUGUUGUUUACAGCGCCGACAGAUCACAGCUGGAUUACCGGAUCGUAACCAUGGAGUUUAUGGAUAUUGUUGGGUGAGUCGCUAAGUUGUACAGUCCUGCAACUGCCAUCGUGUAUUACAGUAGUUAAGCCUCAAUCUGUUUGCAGAGAGCUACAAGCCCUUCCUGACAACGUCCACCUAUUAUGUCCGCGACAACAUGACGACGACCACGCACGUUAUGACGAAACCGAUCAGGUAGAUGAACCGGGGCAGAACAUUGCAGAACUGGUGGCAGAGGCGACAGCUCGCAGGGAAAAAUUCCUGUCAUGCAUGCGCAUAUUGGCAUACAACGAAGAGGGGGUCGAAGAGCUGCAAAACUGGAUUUGGAGGAAGUUGGACGACACCCUCGAGAAAUGCGAUCUCUGUAUCAAACAAUACUAUACAGGAAAGAUUUGGCUUAUGGAGCAGCUGAAAGAAAACUACGAUGAUGAAGAUAUCGAAAAAUUUUCCCGGAUGAUUGACGAAUGCGACAUAAAAAGGAUAACGAGGAAUUUGACCACUGCAACAACGAAAUUGAAAGAGGUACCUCCCCAGGAAAUCGGGCUUCAUGUGUUGGACCGGGCGUCUUUGCUAUCUAUCUUUGAGAGCUUGAGCUGUGAUGCUAUGCUUCGCAAUGACAGUCUUCUCCAGCAAUACUUCGACGAGCCGUUUAGACUCAUUCAGACGAAGCGUACUCUAAAAGUUUCAGAUUACAUCCCGGCUGUCACCCGUUUCUUGUUUGACCCCAAUCAGAGUCGCAGCUUUUGGGCUAUCCAGGCAUGGAUGCGGUAUUCCCGGCCUCCCACGGACACAGAAUUUGAUUGGGCGAUCAAAGAAGGGCUCCUCGGCGCAUUAAGGUCGGCUUCUCAACAGCCGGUUCAGGUCGCUGCCAUCCAGCGACUAUGGCGGGGGAUGCAGCUUGUGGUCAAAAGGCUGGAUAAAGACCAGAUUACUCAUCAUCUGCGAGCCCUCGAAAUCGACCCUUGCCGUCUUUCGGUGGAACACAUCGGGAUACAGUCUCCUGGCCUACGCUUUAUCUUGAAUACGAUUCAGAUAUUUUUGGAAAAGGCACCUGGGGACUUCUGGGAUGCGAUGCAGACCAUAUCACCUCAAGCUAUCAUUGAGCUUGUGUUCUACAAUCCCCAGCUCGAUGCGUUUUUGAAGCAAGCCACCGAGGGCGAGCCCUACGAAAAGUCCGCUAUGAAAGAUAUGUUGUCAUGGAUCAAUCCAUUCAUGUCAUCACUGAAGGGUCCCCAUCAACCGUCAGCAUGCAGGUCUCUAGUUUACCAGCUUCUUGAUCGGCUACAAGACUCGCGCCUUCCUAACUUGGCCAGGUAUCAUUGCUUUCACAUUGGGUUGUCAAGCUUACUUGAUACACUUCGCAGCUUCACUGACCAUGAAUCUUCGAGGGGCUCUGUAGCGCGAAUUGUCCUAUCUGAGACCAUGGAAGUCGUGAGUGCAAACAUCGCUAGAAUUCUUGAACCUCCCAAGUUUGAGGUUGAACAGGGACGUCAGCGCGAAAUAUCAACGCUGUGCAUGGAUGUCAUUCGUAAUACACUCGCUCUGGAGUGCCAGUCGCUCAAGAGCGAUUAUGAGGUCAUCUUGCGGUAUGAUACCCUUCAGCAUGGUGUAAGCACAUAUUCAGCUCCAAUUUGGGAUGCUGUUGUAAAACACCUCCAUGAAGACAACCUGGCCCUUUCGACAUCUGCUCUUCUCGGUAUAUUACCGCUGGUCGGUUUGGAGAAAUUCUCCACAAAGGGAGGAGCCAGCCAAGAGAAGACUCACUUUAAUAUGAUCUACGGUCACCUUACUCAUUUGUCAUGCUUGAUAAUCGAGCGUCUUGCAGAUUUCAAACCGGAGCAUCUUGAUGAGCUCUUUAAAAGCCAAGAUACUAGUAGUGCUCUGAUCUCCGCUCUUUUUGCAGCUGAUCUAAACACCUAUCAGGCCGCGGUGGACCUCAUAAAAAAUGUCAGUGGACAAUCUGCUCGAAGGGAUGCCAUUUCCCAUCUUCUACAGUCAUUCUUUACUACGACUAUGUACGGGCUCAGCUGGUCUUUCCGACGUAUAUCGAAUAUGAAAACAUUUGCUUCUGCUCCGAGGAUGAUUCAUACAGGGACGGACAUUGUGGAUAUUCUUUGCGACAGCCAGACUGGUAUGCUCAGAACUCGCAAACUCGCAGACCGUCGAGAGAUCCUUUCCCUCCAGAAGUUGUGGGAAUACCUGUGGCAAGCCUUGACCACGAUAUUUGACGAAACUGAAUCGUGGCAUCUCAGGGGCAAUGACAGAAUGGUGAUGCUGGAAUUCUGUCGCGAUAGUAUUCAGUUCGCCGAUCUUCUCUUCGAUCAGUACGGUGUCUUUCUGAGCGCCGUUGUCGACGCGGACCCCAGUCAAGAGACCUCUGCCCGCGAAAAUUUUCUCAAGUCUCCAACCGCGACUAUGAGUACAAUGGUCAAAUGGCUCCGACUGAAGGAUGAAUAUUUGGCUACCACUCUAGUUGGACUUGUUGCCAAACUUCUUCGCCGUCUUGGAGAGCUCAGCGUUACUACCGUGAAAGAGGAUGCGCUGGUUUAUAUUGAGGGUGUCGCAGUCAAGUCUACCGUCAAGACUAUGCUGACGUUACGGGAAAAGGCAGAACUUGUUAGAGCUUUGGAAGCUUAUUACAAGAAGCCUGUUGUUACUGCGUCGACUGCAAGCCUAAAGAAACAGAGCUCGAUCACAGCAUUUGCUAGACCGGCCGAGCUGUCAGCUACUCCCAGCCCAUCAAGAACACCGGAUGAGUUCGACGAUAAUGUUCCAGAUGAUGUCCUCUUGCAACUAUCUCGAUCCGUUGAACUCAACAAGGAAAGAGUCGCUGCCGAAGCGAAGAAGAGGGCUGAGAAAGCAGCAAAGGCUCUUCCAGCGAUUCCCAGGCCCGCCCCGGCGCCUUUGAAGUCCAAUGUAACGGUCCAGGCUUUCCGUGAGAAACGAGAAAGAGAGCGAGAGGCUAAAAAGAAGCGUGAUAUGGCCGAGCUUGCACGUUUGAAGAAGAGUCUCCCGGCGACUGGAGUUGCUGAACAAACCGCCGAGCAAGGGUCUGGGCUGAGUGGAAUUGGAGUUAAAGGCAAGGACCAUAGGCCUGCAGAUAGUAUGAUGGUGUCAUCGGGGUCAGAGUCUGAAUCAGAGAGCGAGGAUGAACUCGACAGAGAGCUUUUCGGUCCGAAAGGUGGAUCUAAACCUGACGCCGUUAGGGCCUACGAAGAAAGCAAGAGACUGUCACUCAAACAGCAGGGCCCUGUCAAGAAGAUCAAGCAAGUGCGCUCUGCAAAGGAUAUGCGCGCAAGAUUAGCUCCAGACCUCUCCUCACUACAUCGGACCAUAUUGUCUUGGGACUUCUUUGCUAACGGCGAUCUUCCGCCGAACUCGGGUCGUACUGAUUAUAGUUUGAUAUCUAACACAUUCAGAGACCCUGUUGAUUACCAAAAAACUUUCGAGCCUCUUUUGAUAUUGGAAGCAUGGCAAGGUUUCCAGUCCUCGAAAGAAGAGGGAAACUUCAAACCAUUCGAGGUUAAGGUUGCGACACGACUGUCAGUGGACUCUUUCAUGGAAGUUAGCACGGUUAUGCCAGCGCUUGAGGUCAAGGACUAUGGGCUUGGCGAAGCAGAUAUUGUCUUGCUUUCAAAGGCAAACCCACCGACUAAUAAUCCGUCUGCUCCGCAUUGUCUUGCCCGGAUUGCGGGAAUAAAUAAGAAGAAGGGGACCGUAGAGAUUUCCUAUAGAGUUAACCCUGGUAACUCCUUUAUCAACGCCCUUGCACCAGGAUCCGAGAUCUGGGGUGCCAAGGUUACAUCUUUAACCCCUCUCGAGCGUGAAUAUGGUGCUCUCAUGGCCUUGCAAUACUAUGAUCUCUGCGAGGAGGUCGUGAAAGCCAAGCCAUCCCCAAUCCUUAAUUAUUCAGAAGCAACCUUGAACCCAAUUGCUGAGAAUUACAAUGUUAAUCCCGCUCAGGCAAAGGCUAUCAAGUCCGCUCUGGACAAUGAUGCUUUCACCCUCGUUCAAGGUCCUCCGGGAUCUGGAAAGACAAAGACCAUCGUUGCCCUUGUGGGAGCUCUGCUGAGUGGCGUACUUGGCAACCAGGGUGUCACUAUCUCGCGGCCAACAGGUGUCGGGAACACUAAACCUCCUCCGAGGACAACUACUUCAAAGAAGCUGCUUGUGUGCGCUCCUAGCAAUGCCGCGGUUGAUGAAUUGGUCAUGAGAUUCAAAGCAGGUGUCAAGACAAUUCAGGGUCGCCACGAAAAGCUGUCCGUCAUCCGACUUGGAAGGAGCGAUGCCAUAAAUACUAAUGUCCUUGAUGUGACACUAGACGAACUAGUGAAUGCAAGAUUGAGCCAAACGUCUCGCAAGGACUCGGGCGAAAGGGAUCUGCAGAAGAUCUAUAUGGAGCACAAAGCAGCCGACACUGCUUUCAAAGAAACUCGGUCCAAGUUGGACCAAUGCAGAGCCCAGGGCUUACCUGCUCCUGUAGAACUCGAACGGGAGUUUGAGCUGCUUAAGAAGAAGAAGACUGCAUUGAGCCAAGAGAUCGAUAACGCCCGCGACAAAAACCAUUCAGCGGCCCGUGAUGCUGACUUAACCCGGCGGAAAAUACAGCAGGAGAUCAUUGAUGGGGCUCAUGUUAUCUGUGCCACGCUCAGCGGUAGUGGUCACGAGAUGUUCCAGAACCUAAGUAUUGAGUUCGAAACAGUCGUCAUUGACGAGGCUGCGCAAUCGAUUGAACUGAGUGCUCUGAUUCCGCUAAAGUACGGAUGUUCCAAAUGUAUCCUUGUCGGAGAUCCAAAGCAGUUGCCGCCCACUGUCCUGUCCAAAGUCGCUUCGAAAUUUCAAUAUGAGCAGAGUCUGUUCGUCCGGAUGCAGUCCAAUCACCCGAGGGAUGUCCACCUGCUGGAUAUCCAAUAUCGUAUGCAUCCAGAAAUUAGUGCAUAUCCACGCAAUGCCUUCUAUGAUGGUAAGCUGCAAGACGGUCCUGAUAUGGCACGGCUCCGCGCUCGUCCCUGGCAUCAGAGUGAGCUGCUUAGCCCAUAUCGGUUCUUUGAUGUGCAGGGUCUUCAUCAAAGUGCUGCAAAGGGUCACUCGUUGAUCAAUAUGGCGGAGCUUCGGGUAGCCAUGCAACUAUAUGAACGUUUGGUCUCGGAUUUCCAGGGCUUUGAUUUCUCUGGUAAAAUUGGUAUCAUUACCCCGUAUAAAGGCCAACUAAGAGAGUUGAAAACUCAUUUCGCCGCGAAGUAUGGAAAUGCAAUCUUUAACAAGAUCGAUUUCAACACUACAGAUGCCUUCCAAGGAAGGGAGAGUGAAGUUAUUAUAUUUUCUUGCGUUAGAGCCUCCAACAAAGGAAUUGGUUUCUUGUCCGACAUUCGCCGUAUGAACGUCGGUUUGACGCGCGCCAAGUCAUCCCUUUGGGUUCUAGGAAAUUCGCAGUCCCUGGUGCAGGGCGAGUUCUGGAAUAGCCUUAUAAAAGACGCUCGCCGUCGGAGUGUCUAUACCGAUGGCGAUGUUUUGAAAAUCCUUCAGCGGCCACAGUUUACCGGCUACAAGAAUGUUGACAUGCUGGAUGCUGAGGGAUCGGAGUCAACAAAGCCUUCGGUCGGCACACCAACUGGUCCUGUUUCUCGGUCGUCCUCAUCCUCUCGUGACAACGCCCCACCAGAUGCAUCCGGGAUAAAUGACCCUCACGUCUCCCCGCCUGAGGGACCGUCAGGGGGUGCCAGCGGCUUGGAUGAUAACCGCAUGUGUGGUUAUUGUGGCAGUUUCUCUCAUAUGACUCAUAAUUGCGACAACAUUGAUGCAAAGGAAGCAGCUCGAGGCAACUGCUACAGAUGUGGGCAGCCCGGACAUACGCGUGCUGUUUGUACAUCGGACCGUUGUCUGGAAUGCGGCGAAGCUGGGCACGUUGCUCGUGACUGCAAGUCUACAAAAGUUCUAUCAAAGCAAGUGAAAUUAAAAAUUGCGCGAGAGGAACAUCAUCAUACGCAGAUGCAAAAGCAGAGAGCGGAACGCCAACGGAGCAGGCAGCUUGGAGGGCAUGACCCCAAGGUACCUGUUAUCCAGGUUACGUCCGGUGCUAACGAGAAAAAGCCAGAGCAACCCAAAACAGAUGGCACCAAAGGCGCAGCUAAGCGCAAACGCACUGGUUCCCCCUCUUCUGACACUGCGAAAGCCCCCAAGCGAAAAUCAGAUCAAAGCGUGCCACCAACGGCUCCUAAGAACCCGCGACGAAAAAUCGAUGCCAAUGUUCCCCUGAACACGGAGGAUUUAGUUAAACCGUCACGAGAAGGACCGGCUUAUGCACCUAUCAACCAGAAUAAGCCUCCCAGCGGUCCACGGGCGGAUUCAGGUCCAGCAAACCCUCAGCGACCUCCACAGCGGCAAGGUAAUGGGGCCAGGCCCCCUCCACCAAUGCGAAAGAAGAAAGCAGUCGAUCCGUUCAUCCGACCGAAGCGGAGAUAGGCAGUGGAAUGGAUGCAGCAAAUAACCCGGUGCAUCUCAUCUCACUUGAUUCUUAUGCUUCAUGUUACUGUUUUGCGGAAGACAUGUCACAUGUAGAGGACAACACAUUGAUCUAC